GUCGGAUCCAUGUAUGAACUCUAACUCUGAGCUCCUCGCAACUUUGCCAGGUCUAAUGUUUCCUGGCCAAGUGACACCAGCGAGAGAAUGCGGCUGCUUACUUACGCAAGUUUGUUCUGGUUUAUGCUCAAGUCAGGGCUGGCUCUGCAGAUCCAGUGUUAUCACUGUGAAGAGGUCACUCAAAAUGACUGCUCCACACCUGAGUUCAUUGUCAACUGCACUGUCAACGUUCAGGACAUGUGCCAGAAGGAGGUAUUAGUGACAGAAGACGGGAAGCACUACCGCAAGUCCUGUGCAUCGUCUGGGGCCUGCCUCAUCGCCUCCUCUGGCUACCAGCAGUUCUGCACAGGGAAGCUCUACUCCGUGUGCAUCAGCUGCUGCAACACUCCCCUCUGUAAUGGACCCCGUCAGAAGAAACAGAGUUCCAGAAACAGAGUUCCCUCUGCCGCCUCGUCCCUAAGCCCACUACACAGCCUCUCCAUACUUUUUCUUCCCUUCCUCCUGCGCCCACCCUCCAUAUUCAGCUGAGAGCCUAUGAUUGGCUGGUUUGGUCUCAUCAAGACUGUGGUUAAAAUUUAGGCUUGAUACAGUGUCCAUACUGUCAAUGGAUGUAUGACGCUGUCCUAACAUAGACACGGUAUUUAGAUGAUGUCUUAAUAAGGACAGCAACUAAAGGUCGAAGGGCAUUGAUUGAAGAAAGGUUCUGAAGGAACCUCCCAAAUAUGUUUAUAGUGUCAGUCAUAUGCACCACAGGAAAGGACUUUGGCGAGUGGAAGUGAGGUGGCCAUGGAGCAAUAUCACUUCUAAUGGGUCACAUUUUACCCCCUUUUUCCUCCUAACAUAACAAUGGUCAUUAUGGCCAAACUAUUUUUGUUUGAUCAGACCAGAGGACAUUUCUCCAAAAAGUACGA